GUUGUAAACCUCAAUGUUUCUUGCCUUUCAUAUUAUGCUAGGAAUGUCCUAGCCUAGAUACCAUGGUAUUAUCAUACAAAAUUUAAUAUUUCAUUCGACAACGGUAAUUAAUUAUAUAGUGGAAAUGUUCCGCAACAUUUUUGCAAGGGCAAUAUUAUGCCCAAACCGGUCGUUCAAUUUACCGUCGGCUACCAUGUCCCAGUACGGACCACAAUUUGUACAGCCAGUGUUCAAAAAAGAAAAUAUCGCAGCUCUCGAGGAAAGUGGUGAGAUUGCCCAAAUAGCUCACGUCCCCGUUAAGGCUGCCAGAAACAAUGAUUCAUGUUCGGUCUUCCAUAAUGACCUGGUAAGCCAGUUUAUCAAUUAUGUAAUGAAGAAGGGAGAGAAACGGUUGGCCAGACAACUGGUAGAGAAGGGCUUUGAGAACAUCAAACGACUACAGCUGGAACGAUACCAUCUGGCAGAAACUGACGAAGAGAAAGAAAAAAUUGAGUUGAAUCCAAGGGUGUUGCUGGCGAGAGCGGUUGAAAAUAGUCGACCACUGUUGCAACUAACUCCGAUCAAGAGAGGUGGUGUAAGAUACCAAGUACCGGUGCCGAUUACAGAGAAGAGAUCAUACUUCCUAGCAAUGAAGUGGCUGUUGGAAGCUUGUCGCGAGAAGGAACGCACGGUACAUUUCCCGGAAAAGAUGGCUUGGGAAGUCCUGGAUGCAGCUGCAAAUCAGGGAAAGGUCAUCAAACGGAAGCAAGAAUUGCACCGUCAGUGUGAGGCCAAUCGCGCUUUCGCGCAUUACAGAUGGAGCUAAGAAUGCCUAGAAUUAUUUUUUUCUAUUGUAAGAAAUUAAAUAAACGAGGCAAUCGGUCUUUGGCCAUUUAAAACUGAUAA